CUCUACGUGAUAGUAUCGGGGAAACAUCGGUUUUCGUUCCAGCUCUAUACCACUGCUGCCCGAGUUUGCCCUCAAUUAAAAAUAAAUUACAAAAUUUCAUCGUUACCGUUCGCUAAACGCAACGCAUUGCCCAGGCGUCCGAGUUCCAAAUCCAACACAACACGAGUGGUAGUAUCGCUGUGAAAAAUGUCAACACCCGCACGCAGACGUCUUAUGAGAGAUUUUAAAAGACUUCAAGAGGAUCCACCUACGGGUGUCUCGGGUGCUCCAACAGAUAAUAAUAUUAUGAUAUGGAAUGCUGUGAUUUUUGGUCCACACGACACACCCUUCGAAGACGGAACAUUUAAGUUAACCAUAGAAUUUACGGAAGAGUACCCAAACAAACCGCCAACGGUUCGAUUUGUAUCGAAAGUAUUUCAUCCCAAUGUAUACGCAGAUGGUGGAAUAUGCUUGGACAUAUUGCAGAACCGCUGGAGUCCCACGUACGAUGUGUCAGCCAUAUUAACAUCCAUACAGUCACUGCUGAGCGAUCCCAAUCCCAACUCACCGGCUAACUCCACCGCCGCCCAGCUGUAUAAAGAAAAUCGGCGCGAGUACGAGAAGCGUGUGAAAGCCUGCGUUGAGCAGAGUUUCAUCGAUUAGCCAUGCGCCCACUUUAGGAACAGCAGCAGCAUCAGGAGCCGGAGCCACAAAACGAGCGGCAGCAGUUUAGUAGGCGACCGCAGCUUAAAGCAUCAGCAAACUACAGUAACAGAAAUAUGCAAUACCAUAAAGAAGUUUAAAUUAAAUAAUAACAGAAAUAUUUAUGAUAAUUGUAAUGCUAUGAAAUUGUAACACCGCCAACGGCACGGCACAGCAGCAUAUAUACACCCUGCGCACACAAUUCGCAACCCAUAAAUACUGGGCAGUUUUGAGUUAUAUUUGUUUGGCCAAUAGUUACACCUUGUCCCCAGCCCGAUCACCCGAUCCCGAAGGCAGACGCAAUUCACUUAAAAAAUUAGGAAGUCCUCUAUGGAUGCAGCCGCUAGUUGCGCCGGCAGCCAGAAAUAAGACUCUUAUAAGCUAAAAACUCAAAUGUUCUAAUUUAAAAAAGCAGCGGCAAUAAUGUUUAAUAAUAAAACAAAAAUUAUAAAAACCAUUUCAAGCGAUUGCAAUGUCAAAUAGUUUCAUUUUAGAUGCGCGCAAACCCAGUCCUGUAAAACUAAACUCAACCAAUGCCUAAACGAAAAUUAAUAUUUGUAGUAGUUCGUGGCUCAGCAAACACGUACACAAGAAACAUACAUUUUGAAUCCGCUUGAAAACCUAGUAAACAAUUGUCCAGUGUCGUCAUUUAUGUGAACUAUAUGUAUCUACCAAACCCCAACAUAAACAUACACAUGCUACCUAGAUCGAAUUAUAAGUUUAUUGGCUACAAAUUGUGAAAUUACUAGAAAUUGAUAAUUAAAUGUUAGUUUUUAGCAAUGUAAACCAAUCCACACGGUAUGUGACAUGGUACAAGUCUCCAAGUUGGGAACAAGCAAGCAAAUAUAUAUGCAUGUAUUCCUCGGUAGCUUCCAUUGACCAAUGCUCUAUGUAUUUUGCCCGAUAAUUUUGGUGGCUGACCGACGCUUUACUUUUACCCUAUCUCUAAGAUCUUAUCCUUGGCCUCAUUCAAGUUUACACCCUGAUUUGGUCAGCUAUGAUGGCCCAAGAAGAGAUUUGAGCGGGGUCUUUUUUCAGUGUAAAGUGGGAUGAAAACAUCUCCUAACUGCCAUUUGCCACGCUAUGUACUCUCUAGGUUCCACUGUGUCUUGGCUGCGGCAAUUGAUUUAGUUAGUUCUUAAGCGUUUACAAUCGACUUUUAUUCAUGUUUUUUGUUGAAUGCGAAUUGCUGUACCUUUUGCUAUAAACCCUCCACUUUUUGGCACUUUGUGUUGGAUGCUCUGAGCAUCAUGUUAACCAUAUAUAUGAUAAAAUUACCAUAUAGCAGCAUAUUGUUUUAUUAACUAUGAACCAACUAAAGCAGAGGAGACAGUAACCCAAUUCAAUUCACAGUAAUAGUAAAUCAAAGAAUGAGGAUUAGCAACCGAUUCAGACAAUGUGGAAUUUCAAAUUACCUUACUGUAAUUAACAUUAUUAUUAUUAAUAAAGUUAAGAUUUCCAAUAUCAAUAAAUGAAAGUAACACG